UGAAACCAGCUGCAUCCGGAUAGUUCACAGAUCUACAAAAGACCCAACGCCAGUGCACCACGCUUGCACUAUUUUGGACAGCUUCCCCUCAAGGAUUUGACCUCUCAAGUUGGCCAGCGUCACCUAAGAUCGCCUGAUCCGCUGGUAGCAGUUAGCAUCGUGAGUACUGCGACUUCUUAGCUGGGUCCCAGGGGGUCCGCAAGUGCGGAGAUGUGGAGGUGAACCCAAGCUACAUAACUAUUUGAAGCCCCCUUCCCCAGAUCCAGGCCUUCUGUGUAUCUCACUGUUUGUGUCUCCCGUCUUCCCAUUAUUGCAAGCUAGCUCGCUUGUCUCUUCCUUCCGUCUCCUUCCAAGAAACAAUCCCUUCCAGCAACACUCCGACGUCUCCGAGAUGGCUACAGAACAAAACGCUCAGGCUCGUGCAAACGGGAAUGGCGACCCUUUGGAAAAGGAUUUCUCUAACCAAAACAAUGGAUACACAAACGGUGCGAACACAUAUCACAUGAACGACACCAACAUGGAUCACGACACCGCGUUGGGGAGGAUCCGUACCGCUGGCAGCAUUUCCAUCUCCCCCGAACUGUUCGAGAAGAUCUAUCUCUCUCCUCAAAAUUCUGUUAAAGGUGAUCUCCGAAAGACCUUCGGUAACCCUACGCCUGUCGCUCUUCUCGGAUUCUUGCUCUCCCUUUCUCCUCUUUCUUGCGACUUGAUGGGCUGGCGAGGCGCUGGAGGCAACGGCGCAGCUGGAAUCGGUUCCUACUACUUCUUCGGCGGCCUCCUCAUGAUCGUUGGCGGCUUCCUCGAGUUCAUCCUCGGCAACACCUUCCCCUUCGUGGUCUUCAUCUCCUUCGGGGCCUUCUGGCUCACCUUCGCGGCAACCUUACAGCCCUUCUACUACGCCUAUGGCCUCUACGCACCCGCUGGGGAACCUGAAGCCGCGGGUCUCGGAACAGUAGGCUUCACCGCAUCGUUCGGCUUCUUCCUUGUCUUCAUGGGCGUGCUCUGCUUCAUCUACCUCAUCUGCUCGCUGCGCACAAACGUCGUCUUCGUCGUCAUCUUCUUCACUCUCGUCAUUGCGUUCGGCCUCCUGUCUGGCGCGUACUGGCAACUCGCUAAUGCUUAUGGAAACGGCAACGAUCCAGCGACUAUUGCGCUUGCGGGCAGGCUCCAGAAGGCAGCGGGGGCGUUCACGUUCGUUACGGCCUUGGCGGGCUGGUGGAUCUUCUUUGCUAUCAUGCUGGCGGCGCUAGAUUUCCCGUUCCAAAUCCCGGUGGGUGAUUUGAGCACAAUGAUUAAGGGGUACAGCGAGAAGCAGAAGGCCAAGGAGAACAUGGUUUAGUACCCAAGAUGUCUUUCUUUGACUGGGGAGCGGGGAUUCGGAUCCAUCUAUCGUGGAUGGAAAUAACUAGACUGUGGAAAUGGGUCGGCUGUCUUGAUUCUCGAAGAGAGACACGUAUUGUACAUAGUGUUGUGGCUUCGCUGCCAUUUUGGUUGGUUGAUUACUGCUUCUUGGAACGUCACAGUUCGGAUAGCCGGGGUGCAUUGGGAGGCCUUGCUGCGGAAAACUUCAUCACAGUAUCCUAUCUAAUACGCAGCACAAUCUCAAUUACCAAAACU